AUGUUGUUAGAAGUUCCAAAUAUGCUGCCACUGUCAGCAAACAGGAGUCAGUCGGGCCCAGAGAACCUCAGAGAGUCCUUGGCCAGCGGGGCUUCGCCCAGUCGCUCUCCAGAAGCGAGACUCGUUCGCGCCGUGAGCGGCGAAAGCCGUCCAGAUGAACAGGAUGAGUUUGACCUGUUCAGCGAAGAGAGCCUGGACUGGACCCCUUCUGAGCUCGCUGCCGAGGAGAGACGCUUUCUGGCCAGCGAUUCCAAUGAUGCACCUCCAGGUGACCUAGGACCUGUGACUGGAUCCCCCAAAGAUGUUAGAAAUGACCAGCGGUUGUUUGGAGCCCCAAAGCCGUUCCCUGGUCCACCACCUAGUCAUGCUGACUCUGAGUGGGCUGAGAGUGAAACGGUGACUCACGACCCUGUCAUUGACCCUGACGACUCGCUCUCUGGUGGUCGCCGGCGACGCCGCCGACGUGGUGGAUCUCGUGGCAGCGCUUCCGAGAUUGGACAACAUCAUGCAGACCUUCCAGAUGAUGCGGUUCCUUGCAACGACCCUUCUGAACGAGCCCAACACGCAACUCCGAGCAGUUCCAAUGAGAUGCUGAGCGUCAUGCGCCAAUUGCUGGAUGAGAAGAAGUACAAGCAUGGAAGUGAAGCUUCCUGGAACACACAACGUGGUCCCGCUCCAGGUGUACGUUGGCGUGGUGGAGCAGCUCCAGCACCUCCAAAAUGGACUUACCAACAGUCCGACCUUCGAGCCUUUUCCAAGUACGAGCGCAAGGUGCAGACUUGGGUGCUUCAAGCUAAGAACUAUAUGACUCAAGCUGAGAUGGCACUCACCUUGUACACCUCAUUGCAAGGUGAAGCUGAAGCCGAAGCCGAGCACCUUGACCUGAAGAAGAUCAACGAAAAGAAUGGCGUGGAGUACAUUUUGGAUGAACUCCGAGGCCCCUUGCAACAGAAAGUGCUUUUCCAGAAGCGCAAGCUCCUUGCAGACUUCGAGAAUGUGCGACGUCAUGGAGCUGAAUCAGUGCGGCAGUACGUCAACAGGUACCGCCGAAUUGAGAGAGACUUGCAAACCAUCGGGAUUCAGACAAGCAUGAUGUACGACAGUGAAUCCCGUGGCAAUCGCAUCCUUGAGCGCUGCGCUUUGGCCCCAGAUUUGCAACGUUUGGUGUUGAUUGGUGCUGGCAACUCCUUGGAGUACGAGAAGAUCACGGAGUCACUUUGCCUGCAGUUCCCUGACUUCAAGCCCAACCCUGUUGUUUGGCAGACUGGCGGAGGACCCCGUGGACAGCACUCAUCAGCAUCAACAACUGGAUCUGGCAGCUCUUCAUCCGGAUCUUUCAGAACCUCUUCAGCUUCGAGCAAAGGCAAGCCUAGCAGUGGGAAUUCGUCCAAGCCGUUUUCUCAUGGCAAAGGUCAUGCUGGCAAAGGUCCACUUCGAAAUGUUUUCCAAACGGAAACUGCAGAAGCCGAGGCAGAUGAGGUAGAUGGAGAUGAAGAUGAUGAGUAUCAAGACGCCGAAGAUGGCGAUGCAGCGCUUGAUACAAUUCCUGAAGGAGACCCAGAGCAAGAUGAAGAAGGAGAUGAUGAUACUCCUGCACUUGACCCUGAGGCACUUGCAGAGAUGGCACACGUGCUGACAGUCACCAGCAAGAAGUUGCAAGCUUCAGUGUUGGGAAGGAAAUUUACUGGAAGACGCUCCAUUGAGGAGAGAAAGAAGAACAGCACGUGUUCAGCUUGCGGCCAAUUGGGCCAUUGGGCAGGUGACUCUAUCUGCUCAGUUUCAUCGCAGAAGCGAGAUGGCGGUGGAAAAGGUGCCCGUGGUUCAGGUACUUCAUCUAGCAACAACUUCAAUUCCGGUCACAAGGGAGUCAAGAAAGCCUAUGUGGUUGGAAUUCAGGAAGAUCAGCAGCAACAUGAUGAACAAGAUCAUCUAGCACCCGAGAAAGCCUCCACCUAUUUUUCUUUUACUGCAAUGCAAGCGUUUGGGACAGAAACUUCAACAUCAUGGGUGGCAGAAACCAUUGACCUCGGGGGCUACAUGGUUUUAGAUACUGCAUGUCAGCGUUCAUGUUGUGGUGAAAUUUGGUUGAACACCCACUCCAACAUCCUGCAUCGACAUGGUCUUCGUGUCAAAAAGUUUGACUGCGUGGAUCACUUUCAGUUCGGCUCAGGCAAGCCAGUGGCAGCUGCGGAAAGAGCCUACAUUCCAGCGCAGUUUCAAGGCCAGAUGAUGCAGCACAACAUGCAUGCUGGGCACAACUUUCAAAACCACAUCUUUGGCAUGAUCCUGACCCAGAGCUUGUUUGUGCACCCGGAGCUCUCAACAAGGGCUCAAUUCGUGACCUACCGCCCCAGCAACUUUUGCGACCUGAUGUUUCGGCACCAAACAUGUCCCACAUGGCUGAAGCGCUGGGAGCGGAUCUACAUCCUCCUGCUGACUGUGGAGCUCAGGACGUACCAUAUGAUGGCGACCUUGGUGCGCAUGGGACUUGCCACACGUCAGUGGCUGAGCCUUCCAGAGCAUGUGGAAGAGAUGGAGCGCCAGAAGAAGCAGCUGGUGCCGGUGAGCAGCAUGUGCAACCCGGCAACUUGCAUGCACCCAGACUUCAAGAGGUACGGCAACGUCCACGGAAGUUUCAGCCAAUGCAAGAGAUGUCGGCAGGUGUUCAAAUGGGAUACACUCCAAGAAGGUUGGCGACCCCAUGGCGAUCCGCGGUCGCGAGCUUCUUCGCACUUGCCACCGCCCUCAUCUUCCAACAUCCUGACCACCACCACGGGCAUGACGAAAGGCAAGGGCAAGGGCAAGACUUCUUAUACGAGAACUACGGCAUCGAAAGCCCGUGCCAAGGCCAGACCGGUCAUCUUGCCGAUCACCGACCCCGACAUGACCUUGGUGGAGGAGACCUGGGACCCAGCAGCCUACCCACCGGAGUCGGACGGAGGGGAGGAUGGUUACCCAAGCUGGGAGAUGGAUUGGGAUGCGGGGGAGAUGGAGGCACAGAACCUUCGCUGA